AUGAAGAUCUUUGUGAAGACCCGGACCAGCAAGACUAUCACCCUCAAGGUUGAGCCCAGUGAUACCACUGAGAGUGUCGAAGCUAAAAUCCAAGAUAGGGAGGGCAUCCAGGCUGACCAGCAGUGUCUGAUUUUUGUGAGCAAACAGCUGGAGGAUGGCCGCACUCUCGCAGACUACAAUAUUCAGAAAGAGUCCACCCUGCACUUGGUACCUCAUCUGCCCCAGUGUCAUCAUCAAGCCCUCCGUCUGUCAGCUUGCCCGAAGUGCAGCUGUGGUAAGAUGAUCUGCCACAAGUGUUAUGCCACCUGCCUGCACCAUCCCUGCACUGUCCGCUGCCACGGGAAGUGCCAUGGCACCAACAAUCUGUGCCUCAAGGAGAUUAAAUAA